UAAUAAAUGUUUUAUGUUACAAAAUUUUAAGCGAUGUUUGACUAACGGUUUGUUAAAUAUUUAUUUCAGUUCUUAAUAGUAUUAAAGUUAAAAGAAAUGUUUAAAGGAAAAUGUGAAACAGGUGAUGAGGAAGAUUAUGAUAUAAUAGAGAGUCCAGAUACAACAAAAAAACGUAUAAAACAUUCUGUAGAUGUAAUUUACAAAGAGGAAACACAUCUAAGCGAUUCCGAGUCAAUGAAAGAAACAAAAAACAAAGAAAUAGUGUUACUAGAAGAAACUAAAAACAACCAAACAACAAAAAAACAAAGUCCAGAUGAAAUCGCAAACCUGACAUUAACAAAUGAAAAUACCGUUAUCCUUCAAAAUAUAAACCUUAACGUAAGUAAAUUGCAAGAAAAUGAUGUUAAAAAAACAGAUAGUUUAAAAGUUAAAGAAACUGAAACAGACAGACUAAUAGGUCGAUUUGUGGCUGGACUUGGUGAUUCUUGGUACUACGUGAUUUUACUGGAGCAAACAAAGUCAAGUAGCUCUUUGAUUUCUAACCGAAAGAUGGCAACGGAAUGUUUGGCUUCAUUUGUAAUUGGAAUUAUACUUUCACCUGGUAUCAAUAUUUUAGCUUCUUAUUUAAAGUUUGAUGUUUUAAAGUUUCGCAUAAAUGGAGAAAAUAGCUCUGGGCUUAUAAUGGCGUCUUUAUUUUUUAUCAUGCUUUUGAAUAAUGCCUUCUUUUUGAAAGGUUAUACAAGUAAAAUUAAAAGUAAAAAAAGUUCUUUAUUUCCACAAAAUAAUGAAUGUGCUACAGAAAACAAUUUAUUUGUCAAAAUUGUUGUGACAGGAAUAUACUUUUUGUAUUACUAUAUUGUUACUUUCCUCGAGUUAAUGAUACCUAUAUUGAUUUACGAAAGUAUGAAACUAAGUGUAAUAGGCUCUAUCCACGUUUACGCAAUUAUUAGUGUACUAUACGGUUUGAUUCUAAUAGUAAUAGUGCAAGUAUCUCAUGUCAAGUAUCUUCAAAUAUUUUUAACUCUGUCUUCGAUAAUUGAAGCUGUCAGUAUUAUAGGAGUUUAUAUAUUGCAUCAGAAUUCUCACAUUGCAUCAAACAUUGAACACACUAUACUUUUUUUUUCUCCAGUUUGCUUUUCAUUAUCUUUACUGUGGGCAAACUCCGAUGGAUUAUUCAUUAGUCUUCUUCAAACGUAUGUUUCUGAAGAUGUCCGUGAUUGCACACACUCCACCGGAAAAAGUGUAUCAAAAUUAGCAAUUGUCUGGGCAGUCAUAACUGUUGUAUUUUACUCACGAAAAACAUCUACAGUCAUUACGAUGACAAUAAUGACCUUAAUUUUAAUUGCAUAUGUUGCGCAGCUAUUUAUUUAUUACCGUAAAAAAAAACUUAACCCUAUAAAUAAAAGAGAUUAAAAAAAUAAUAAUCAUAUAAAGUUGGAAAAACGUAUAUUUGGUAUGAUGAGUCAGUUUAGUGAUUCCAACAUGACAUCAAACUUAAUUAUCUCACCUAAUUAUUUUUUUAAUUUUUCAAAAAAUUUAAAAAAUGACACAAAUCUCACAAUUUUACUAAUGAUAAUAAAGUGGUAAAAACUAAUGCGUUAAUAUAACAGUAAACAAAUUUUGUAUUUAAGUAUGUUAAACUAACAGAAAUGUUUUUA